CUUGUAGUAGUGGGUGUGGUUACUGAGGCAUCACCAUGUGGGCUGGAAGGAUCGCAGCAAUGUGAGACGUCAGUCAGAGAGUUCCGAUUCCUCUGGGUGGGUGUAACCCUCCUGUACCGGCCGCUGCUCGCGUUUCAUUCACCUGCCGGCAGCAGUCACCAGAGGAGAGAGCAGCGGGGUCACGGAUCCGCCAGCACAAGCAGCGCUCAUCACAUCGCCCGCUAUAUACAGGACUGGCCAUAGCCGCUGCCUUCUCUGCUGGUGAUCAGCCACCCUCCCUCUGUAAUAUACCCGGCGAGAGCCUGCCCUGCCGGGAUGGAGAAGCAGUCUGAGAGCGCGUCGUCCACCGGCUUAUUGGGAGACGAGCAGCCAAAGACCCAGAGCCAUCGGGGGAAGCACAAGCUCUCUAUAUGCAGUAAAAUAUGUUAUGCUAUUGGUGGUGCUCCAUAUCAGAUCACUGGCUGUGCACUGGGAUUCUUCUUACAGAUUUACCUCCUGGAUGUGGUGCAGAUGAGUCCUUUCCACGCGUCUAUCAUCCUUUUUACAGGACGGGUUUGGGACGCUAUUACAGACCCACUGGUUGGGUUCUUUGUCAGUAAAAGCUCCUGGACAAGGUUUGGCCGACUAUUACCAUGGAUUAUAUUUUCCACACCCUUUGCUUUGAUCGCCUACUUCUUCAUCUGGUUUGUGCCUGGAUUCUCCAGUGGCCAGGUCAUGUGGUGCCUGGUCUUUUACUGCCUAUUCCAGACCCUUGUGACGUGUUUCCAUGUUCCUUAUUCAGCCCUUACAAUGUUCAUCAGCAAAGAGCAAAGUGACCGGGACUCUGCCACUGGUUAUCGCAUGACUGUGGAAGUCCUUGGUACUGUCCUGGGCACAGCAAUCCAAGGACAGAUUGUGGGUAAGGCGGGUGCAAUCUGUGUGCAAUCCCUGCAGAACCCGCCUGAAAAUUCCUCUGUAUCUUUUGAAGAUGUUAAUGGUGCCUAUGGCUUGGAGUCCCUUACUAGCACUAGACAGGCCUACAUGAUUGCUGCAGGUGUCAUCUGUGCCAUCUAUAUGGUCUGCGCCAUCAUACUGACACUCGGUGUGCGGGAAGAGAGAGAUUCUGGUGAGCUCCUAUCUGACCAGCCUAUAUCUUUCUGGCAGGGUCUGAAACUUGUAAUGAGUCAUGGGCCAUACAUUAAGUUAAUUGCUGGCUUCCUCUUCACAUCGCUGGCCUUCAUGCUUUUGGAGGGAAACUUUGCCCUGUUUUUGUCAUAUACACUUAAUUUUCCCAAGGAUUUUCAGAAUAUCCUGUUGGUUGUAAUGGUUUCUGCUACUCUGACGGUACCAUUCUGGCAGUGGUUCCUGACUCGCUUUGGAAAGAAAACUGCAGUCUAUUUUGGGAUAUCGUCUGUUAUCCCUUUCUUGAUUGUUGCUGGUGUGGUGGAAAUCAAUCUCAUAGUUACCUACAUUGUGGCAGUUGCAGCUGGACUCAGUGUCGCCGCAGCAUUUCUUCUGCCCUGGUCCAUGCUUCCAGAUGUCAUUGAUGACUUUACUUUAAAAUACCCAGAUUCUCCUGGACACGAGGCCAUUUUCUUCUCUUUUUAUGUAUUCUUCACCAAAUUUGCUUCUGGUGUGUCAUUGGGCAUUUCUACACUCGGCCUGCAUUUUGCAGGCUACCGGACCCGUGGCUGCAGCCAGCCAGAAGAGGUGAAUGUGACGCUGAAGUUGUUGGUGUGUGCGGCUCCUAUUUUGUUGAUACUUGUGGGGCUCUUACUGUUUAAACUGUAUCCAAUAAAUGAAGAGAAGAGAAGAGAGAAUAAGAAAGCACUGCAGCUCAUCAGAGAUAACGACCGGGACUCUGAUUCCGACUCCAUAGAGCUAGCAAGCAAUGUAUGACGAAGGCAGAACAACUUGCAAAAGUUCACAUGAUGGAGCAGUAGAGACAUUCGGUUUACCACAAAAGGGGGCUGGUACCAACCCAUGAAAGACUUACACACUGUGCUCUUAAAACCAUGCGCCUUUCUUCUGGGGGCGUGUAUCGCCACCUUGGUGCUAUCUGCGCUUGGCACACAACAGAUGCUGCAAUCCUACUGAUCUUUUCACUAACAUAGGGUUAAUCGAUAAACUUGCUGAAUGGUUUUUUUUGUACAUAAGGACUUAAUCACAAACUUUUGGAAACAGAAAUGAAGUUGAGACUGAUACUGUUCAAGUGACCCGGAAGUUAUGUCUUGGCAGGUUGUACACCAUGUGCCUGCUACCUGCUAAUCGCCAAACACUGAGAUUUAAUUUAUGUAUGUGGUUGUAAGAAAAUAUGGCUGUUUGUAUUUAUAAUGUAUAAAUUGCUGUAUAUGAUAUGUUUGCUAUGUACAUACAUGUGUGUAUUAUAUAAAUAACAAUGUGUUGUCACAUAAACAUAAUAUACCAUUUUUAGGAAGUAUUAUUUUGCUUCUUUUCUCUGUAAAAUGUAUUGUGCACAUAGGACCUGUUUUUGUAUAUUUGGAAUUAGUAAUGAGUAGGAGUUCCCAUACUGAUCACAAGGUAAUAUAGAAAUCAUCCAUAGGAUCCAAUACAAUAGUGGCCAAAUCACAAAUUUUCAAAUGUUUAUCUUCACUUAAGCAACUUAUACAAUGAUACAUCUGUAAUAUGCUGCUAUGGAGUAAACAACGUUUUAUUUAUUUUAUUUUAUUCAAUACUUUAUUAUUUAUUUAUUGUUGAAAUCAUAAAUGUUUACGAAUCGGCUA